UUGUGCCAAAGAAAACAACUUGAUUGAUAAUUCUCACCAAAUCCAAAAGGGACUGAAAAGUCUUCAAAUAUAAUUCGUUUGUUUCAUCUCUCAAAAUCUUGAGCAAGACGAGGAGAAAAUGGAAGGCCUAAUUCCAAUGGUAUUCAAAAGCAUCAAGAAAAAUCGAAUUAGAAAGCAAUACAAAUGUCUGUCUUCUGGUGCAACCGAUAAAUCUCAGUACAAUAUUGCAGAUUUUUACACAAAUGAUUAUAGUUAUUACAGCAAACAAUAUGAGUAUGGCGGCUUGCCAGAACCUGAAAAGAUUUCAGAUUUUCGUGCGGAUGGCGGCGGAGGGCACCACCACCGGCGCAACCACUCCAUUCAUGUUGAUUAUUCUGCCGCCUCGGAGGAUUCUGUUAAGUCCAAGCAACUUGUGAGGUUCAGGAGCCUCAGAAUGUUCUCAUGUGUGACUGGUGCAUGAAAAUUAGUUCAUGCUCGAUAGGCAGGAUGAGAUGACACGAGACACGAUUAAAGAACAAAAAAAAGUUCGGAUAUUGUCUGGUGUCGCAUGUUAUGUUUAUUUCAACUAUUCAUGUUCUUAUUUCCUCAAUCAAUCUGUUAUUUGUUUUGAAGAUUUCUGUGUUAAUAUUCUUUAGAAGUUUGUGAAAUUUGGGACAGAAGUAAGUCUCAAUUAUAUGAAAGAAAAUUGUUGAUAUUUAGAAAACUUAUCAAUCAGUUCUUGUCGUG